AUUAGACUUCUAAUAUUUAUUUCUCUUACCAAGAUUCUAUAUCAUUUGAUUCAGUGGCAGGUUACAAAAAUACAUAGAUAAAAUUAUGGAAUGCACAAAAGAUGAAACUGCUAUUACAAAUUGUGAAAAAAAGAAUAAGGAUGAAAGCCAACUCUCACACAUAAAGAAUGAUAGGAAUAAACGAAACAAGUUGACAAAACCUCCUAGACCAAGGAAAAAUGAACCUGGAUUUCACAAGGUUAUGUUUGAGGAAACUUCAUAUUAUUUUAAAAAAGGCUUACGUUAUGUAUAUCCUUAUCCUUUCACAUUUACUGCUCAUGUUAAAGGUCGUUGGCUUAACCUGACAGUUUUGGAACUUUUUGGUAAAGAAUUUCAUAUGGAGACAAUGGAAUACUAUGAAAAAGCAAUCCAAAUCGGAAAGAUAAGAGUUGAUGACAAAAUUGUUUCAGCAGACCAUAUCCUGAAGAAUAAUGAAGUUCUUACAACACAAGUCCACAGGCAUGAACCACCUGUUGUUCAAGAAGAGAUUGAGUUUGUUGAAAAUAGUACAGAUAUGGUUGUCAUAAAUAAACCAUCAUCAAUACCAGUUCAUCCCUGUGGUAGAUAUCGUCAUAAUACAAUUGUAUUUAUACUGGGUAAAGAAUAUGGUUUAGAAAAACUUCACACUAUCCAUCGCAUUGAUCGCUUAACAUCUGGUAUUCUGAUGUUCUCAAAAGUUCCUGAAAAGGCACGAGAGAUGGAACAAGCUGUUCAUGAGAGGCAAGUCGAAAAGGAAUAUUUGGCAAGAGUUGCUGGAGAAUUUCCAAGUGAAGAAGUUAAACUUGAUGAACCAAUUCUGACAACAUCACACAAGAUAGGAGUUUGUCAAGUUCACACUGAUGGUAAACCGUGUUCUACUGUAUUUCAACGAAUAAGUUACAAUGGUAAAAGUAGUGUGGUGUCAUGUAAACCUCACACUGGUCGUAUGCAUCAAAUUCGUGUUCACUUGCAAUGGUUAGGUUUUCCGAUCAUUAAUGAUCCAAUUUAUAACCAUGCAACAGCGUGGGGCCUUGGCAAGGGUAAAAAGGGGACUGAGAUUGAUGCAAAAAAGGUUAUUGCAGAAUUAAUACGGACAAGAAAAGAUAAUUCGUAUGGAGAUGAAAUAAACACUAACAAACCUGAACAAAUUAAUUCAACAGACAUAAAUAACGCAAUUGAAAACAAAGAGUCUGCAUUGACCGAAAAACAUAUAAACAAUGCAACAGAAGAAACAAUGGAUGAUGCUGAGAAUAAUAAAUUGUGUAGUCCAGAUUUAAAGAGAAGAAAGUUGGCUUCUUCAAAUAAUCAAAUUAAAAAUGACUUAAUAGAAAAAGAAAAGUGUGAUUCAAGUGACACCAAAAGCAUAACAGAGUCCCCAUUAUGUACUGGUAAAGCCAAUUAUUCAAAAGGAUGCGCUAAGAAAGAAGAAAAAAGAGUUUGUUAUAUGUCCCGUGACUUGGGUGAAGAAUAUUACGAUGAAGAUUGCACUGAAUGUAAGAAGAAAUGGAAAGAACCUUUGCAGUCUGAACUUGUUAUGUAUCUGCAUGCUUAUCAAUACAAGGGUCCUGGCUGGUCAUACAAGACCUCAAAACCAAAAUGGGCAGAGGAUGAUUGGAAUGAAGAAUAAAAUGUAUCUCUGUUUUUCCUUUAAAUGUGCAGUUUUUAAAGGUUUUUUUGUGCUUUAAAUUCUAUAUUAUGUUUCCUGCCAGUAUUCUAAUAGUAGCAAAAUCAGUCACCUAUUUAAUAAAGUACCAAACUUAAUAUAUAUAUAUAUAUUUAUGAUGUGAAAAUUAGCCCUUAAACAAACUAACUGGAUUGUACCUGAAUUACAAAAUAGAAUUUAUUUAAAAUAUGAAUAAGAGUACACAAAAAUAUGCUGGUGUUGAAAAAUAAAAAAAACCUUUGGUUUAAUAAACAUUUUGAACAAGUAGAUUUCCUGGAGCAAAUUGCCCCAACGUGGCUAAAUUUUUGAACAUGCUAGAAGUGUUUUUUCUAAAUGACAAUGCCUAAAAGCAUAAUGAUUCAACAAAAGGGUGCUAUUGCACCCUUAAAAACUAACAAGUGUUCUUGAUCACCAUAAGUAGGUAGUAUCUAGAUACUUGCUACCAACCUUUGUAUUUAAUUUACUGUUAUAUAAUGAUACAAAGUGUCUGUGACAGGCAUAGUAGAUGUGUUCAUUUUCCUUAAAGUCGCUGAAAAAGUAUAUCUUAUUGUGAACUGCCUAGACGUUAGGGCACGACAUCAAUGCAUUUAGACUGACAAUAAAUAAGAUAAGUGAAGCCAUUGCAUUUUACUUUUAAGUUUAAGGCUAAUAUAACUUGAAAACAAGUGUAAAUAACUGAUUUCAUCUUCUGUGUCAGUAACUAUGGAUUACCUGGGACCAAUUUAGAGUCAAUUUCCUACAAAAUGGCUAUACACUUACCUAUGAUGUUUUGAUGCUCGUCCCCAUUCCCCAGUAGGUUACAAUUGCUUUGCAAAACAUUAAUAAAAAACUAAACUUAACUAGACAAAUAAAUACCAAAAAUGAAGAUUUCCGCCUUAUUGGGAAAAAAUAUUGGGAAGCAAUUGUAUGCGUUGCGAUCAAAGACAAUAUUAAUUUAAAAGUUUAAAAUGCAAAUAAAAAUAAAGGAGGUAACACGAAGAAAAAAGUUGUUUGAAGUCGUCUGUAAAGAUUUUAUAUUCCAUAGAUUGUUUUUUCUAAAUCAGAGGGAUAGUUUAAGCCUGAUUGCAUCAUGAUCACUGAAAUAAACAGUUUUAACGAAGGUCUCGACAUUAAAAGUGUUGAAAACAUUCUCACGGAUAGACAUGGUCAAUAAGUGAACCUGAUAUACAAGUUGGCGAGAUUACGACUUGUUUAUAUCCUGUAAGAAAAUCAAGGGAAUAGUUUUUCGAGCUGAAUGCAUUCACAUUAAAAUCUCACAGUAUAAUAUCAGCAGUUCAUUUCCCAAAAAAUAUUGAAUAAGGUAUAAUGACUCAUUUCUAUUGAGGGAAUUUUUACGAUAUAGAUAUUGUCAUUCUAAAAAAUAUUGCACCAGGAAUUUUUUACAUUAUCAAACAAUUCUUUAGUUUUAUUAUGGCCAACUAAAAGACUAGACACCAAUAAUUUCACUAAUAAUUCACUAUUAAGUUCACCGAUAAGUAAAUUCAAGUUCAAGGUUCAGUAAGUUCAAUUAAUUCUGAAUAUCUGAAUGUUCUAAAUAACUAGCUUUUAUACUCUGUUAAGUUUUUUCUCUUUUAUACUCUGCCGAGUGAAGUUUGUUGAACCUAAAAAAAAGAAAAGAAUCUUUGGAGACCUUCAUACUUGCAUUUAUAUACAGUUAUUUAAUCACCAUAAUUUCAAAACAACAUAAAUUGUUAAUAUAGAGUAGAGACUCCUAUACAUAAGGAAGGGUGUCCAUCAAACAGACAAAAUGUGAUGCUCUCUAGGAAAAUCAACCACUUCUCUUUUCGUAUUAAAAAAUACGAAAUACGGAAAUUUUGUAUUAAAAAAUACGGAUUUCAUAUUUUAAAAUACGCGUAUUUUUAAAAAUACGAAAUACGAAUUUUCGUAUUUUUUAAAAAUAGAAAAUACGAAAUUCUAUUUUUAAAGAUAGAGUCUACGAAAUUCUAUUUUUAAAAAUAGAAUUUCGUAUUUUUAAAACUAUUAGUGUAUCAAGUGAUUGGUUGAAUAAACUGAAUAGAAAAAUUACUCAAUUUUACAAGUUUAUUUUUAAUAGGUUUUAACCCUUUCACUUCCAGCUAUUUUUCCCCUAUAUUCCCAGAGAAUUUUCUUUGGAAUUCAACCUUACUAACUUAAAUAUUAAUAUCUACAAAAGUAUAAAAGGAAUCAUCAUGAAAUUUUCACCCUUUUGUUGUUAUAUAAUUUGGAACAAAACUUUCAAAAAAAAAAAUUAAAAUUUUCUGAGGAUCUAGAGGCUCAAAGUCUCAAUUUUUACCCUUGGCCCCAACCAUGGCAGCACCUAAUGGAAACUCUAAACUAAGUUCAUUCAAUCUCCCAUUUUACAGGAUUUUAGGGUUGGAAGGUAUGUAAUUAGCGAAAGUGGUAUAUAUAUAUACUCCAUUUUUUCGCAGUCAGCUAAAUGAGACCACACAUGGCAUAACUUUGUAAGUUUUUAUUUGUAAAUAUUGAAAGAUUUAUAUAUCUAGCCUAGAUACUUAAAAUACUAGUCCCUGUUAAGUUAGAAAAAUACUGUAGCUACAGGGAAGUUUUAAAUUAAAAUAUUAAUUACCUAUAAUUCAGUUCAACAACAACAAAAUUUGUAAUUUCUAAGUGAGGAAUUGACGGGUAUAGGCCAACUAUAUCAGCUGUAACAAGAAUCAAAUUUUUUGGAACUUCACCGAGAUCUUUGAGCACGGAAAUAAAAUGACCACUGUCUUUAAUGUAAGACCUACCACUCUGCAUCAAAGGUUUCAUGUGAUGAUCUAAAAAUUCCAAAGCUUUUUCAGUGGGGGUACCACAAUUAAAUAUUAUUGGCUGGCCAGGAACAUUUUCUAACCUCUUAUGGAUCUUAGGCACGAGGUAGAACUUUCCCAAGUUGGCUGCCUUCUCAUACGGGUACAAAAAGUAUAUAAGCUCUUUUUCACUUAUGCACUUCUUUUUGGCCAAAUUUUGAAACAUGGCAUUGCUACGUUUAGCUAACUUACUGCAAACCCCUCUAUCGUUCUUACAGGUUUCGUAGAUAGAAUUGUCAUUAAGCUGCCUCUCUGCCUCUGCAAGAUAAUCUUCCCUUCCCCAGACUACAACACGACCCUUGACAGCCUAUUAAGGUUAAAGUUACGAUUUAUACCCGGUAAUAAUGCAAAAAUAUCAGCCUCUAAUCUACUAAGAAAUAGUUCCAAAGCAGGACUUCUUGUAGGAGGGUUCCAUUUUGAUUUAAGACGAAAAGUUGGAACCUCACUGAAUUUUUCGGAAACUUCAUUCCUGAAUCGCGUAAGAUUCGAACAAGCAACUGAUUUUACAAACAGACUUGCAAAAAUGCAUAAUCUGUUUCAAAUGGACGUCGCUACCUUCACAAUUCAAGAUAAUCACUUCAAUUGGUACGAACCACAAGUUUUAAUAAUGCUCAUUACUAGUAGUAUUGUAAAAAAUGAAGACGAAAAAUUGUAAAUUUAAUAUCUUAAUAAUACAUCCUUAUCAUUAUUUACAUGUGUUGUCAAAAGCCCGUAUAAAUAAUACAACAUAUCUUCCCCACAACUAGAUAAGGGUCCUAUACAAUCAUAAUCUAUUCUACAAGUAAGUAACAUAUCCAUUCGUAUAAAAAAACAUCGUUUUUUGAAAUUCUCCAUCUCCAAAUAGUGCCACUUGAAAAUGUCUCCAACUGAGUCUGCGUUUAUAGUAAGAAUUGUAGGUCGCGGAGUAAUGCGUUUAGGUGCUUUAUAUUUAACUUCUGUCCGAAGAGACUGUGAACUUUCGGAAAGAUUUUUCAUCUGCUGCAAAACAGCUCCAUUCUCAAAAACAAACUCAUCGCAACGGUAUACGAGAGAACUACACAAACAUUCAAAUAGAAAUUGCAAUGGGUUGUUACCCGUAGGGCAAUUGAAUAUGCCCUGUACCCAAUCGGUAACAUUCUACAUAGCAAAUUACCAAGAAAUGUUUUGCCACUGUUAGAACGACCAAAUAAUAUCAAUCCUUUCUUUUUUGGAUUAAUAUUGAAUGCCCAAUUAGCAAGUAUUUUAGACAAGUCUUCCAAAUGCAUUCCAUUUUCAUCCGCAAUAGUUUGUAAAAGUUUUCGAAUAGCACCAACAUAUUUACAACUUAAAGUAUUUUGUUUAGGUAGCUUAAACUGUUUACACGCAAUCAAAUAGUUUUUAACAGCUUCAAGCUGAGGAGGGUGGAUAUUCUUUUCAAGAUUACGUAAAGUAGCACACUUGGAUAGAAAAAUGCAAUUACAGAACCCAUUAACUUGAUGUUCUAGCAUGUUCCUGAUUGUACGUCAUUUUCUCCAUCAUUUUGCUCCAUUGUGGGAGCGUCCACGUUAUCAAAUCCUGUGCUGUCUUUAAGUCUUAGCUUGACAGGUUGAGAAUCUCUGGGUAGUUGUUUGCGUUUAAGAUUUGGCUUACUUUCAGUGUUAUCCGGUGUUCGUUGAGACUCCAUUCUUUUUGAAAAGGAUAUAAAUUCUCUGUACGUACGAUGUUAUCAAGUAAAAAAUCAGAUACGCUUUCCUCUUCUUCUAAUACUCCAAGUAGUUGAUACUGAAUAAAUGAUUCCAUUGGUAAUGCUGCGGAGGAUUUUAAAACAUGGUUAUAUACUUUUUAUAAAGCAAUUAGUGGUUAAUUAAAAUAAACCUUAACGUGGCAUAAGAUCCACCACAAAAAUGGCGCGUGCGCCUACAUUCAUUUAAACCAAUCACAUCACCCGUAAACUUUCUCUAUAAUAUUGAUAUCCUCUACAAAGAACCACGCCUAAUACUAUGAGAGAUAUAUAUAUAUAUAUUGACGUUAAGAAACUAAAAAGGAGGAAGUUGGUUCUCUCAUGCGAACAAAUCUCAGUGGUUUAGCACAUUCUGUUGGCCAUUUUCAUUUUAAUUUUUUAAUGAAAUAAUUUAAACUUCCCUAAAAUAUAUCUAGCAAUUGCCUUUUGUACACUAUGAUAAAAAAUAUUUUGUUUAUAUAUUAAAAAUGAGUGAAUCUAUUUUCUUUAAAACAAACAAACUAUCAUAACUUGAAGUAGCUUCCCUGCAGAUUCUUGUCAGGCUUCAACUUCUUUAAAAAAAUAGCACUUUAAGGUUUCUAUUUACAAAAUCAGUGUUUGCUUGACCCAACAUAGUAAGGCAGCAAAAUGAUCAACAAACAAGAAACCACAGAGAUUUGCAAAGUUAGAGAUCACAGCUACAGUUUUACCUCAUCUACAAUUUUAAGAUGUUUGGUAACGCGCACUUACAAUCAAAUUUAUUACACUCUUGUUUUAGCAUUUUUGCAGUGUAUCAAUCAUAGCCAGUCUAACAAGAACUGGAGUGAAAUGAAACUCCUGAUGCGUUCCACCUUUCUUUAUUAAUGGUGUCCUUGUGUUGUUCGAAGUGGGUGGCGAUUUUCAACUUUGUCUCCCCGACAUAUUUUUUACCGCAUUUGCAUGGGAUAAUGUAUAUGCAUGGGAUAAUGUAUACGUUUAAUGAUAAUGUAUAAUGUAUAUAUAUAAUUUAUAUGAAAAAUUUAUAAACUAGUAAACACUCAGUGAGAAAGUUAAACUUAAUACAUGUCCAACCUUCGCAGCGUUUACAUGAGCGUAUUGUAAUAUACAACAACAAAUCUGAUAACAACUAACUCAUAAUAUAACAUAAAUAAAACGUUCAUAUGUCUGAGUAAUGCAAAACACGUAAUAUAUACAGUUUUCUAAAUAUUACUCAAUCAAAAUAAAACAAACGAGUACAUGUCAACUUAUGACCUGUUAGUUAAAUGUAGGAAAACAGUCGUGUAACAAAAUAAAUGUACGAAAGCAGAUGCUUCAUCAAACAAAAUGUGUACGCAACAAGCGAAAAUAGUACUAAAAUUAGGCCAAAAAGUUUAAAGAAAAUAUAUAUCUUGGGUAUAACUAAAAUAUUGUGGUUCAAGUAUUUAUGUUUUAAAACCUAGCACAACAUUGUAUUUCAAAACCUUACCUAACUUUAUUCUGAGAGGUUCGGAUCCAGGAUUUUUAUGUAACUACAGUGACUAACGCGAGUAAAUAAAUGCAAGUAAAAUAGUCCAGAGUGAAAGUACAAUGUCAGUGCAAGUAAAAUAAAUAAGAGUAAUCUCUUUAAUAACGCGAGUACGCAGUAAUUAAACUACCCAAGAGAAAUCUUUAAAAAAUAUAUCAUGUUACUCGCGAGGUAUAUUAAAGAGAAAUAUAAGGCAUUAAUUUUAAUUUACCAUUUAAAAAAUAAAUUUUAAAGUUCAAUUUUUCCGUCUCUCACUUCUUUAAAUGCUUUUGCUACCUUCGUUAUAUAAAAUCACUUCCAGCAUGUUCUUUCCCAAGCAAAGACUCAGCAUGAUAUCUAAUUAUAGUUAUGGUGAUCAAUUGCCACAUGCAGACUUGCUUUCUGAAUAUUUUUUUAACAAACAUUACUUUAUAACUCAGACAACAAUCUGUAUAAUUGUAAAAUAUUGUCGUAACAGCAGGAUGUCACAAACCUUGUUUUCUUUUUUGUUUUAAGAUCCAAGCAACAAAAAUAAUGUGAGGGAUGUUUUUUAUUCAAAAAACAGUUUAAUGGUUAAUAAUAUUUACAAAAACGUUUUUAACUAAAAAAAAGUUUUAUGAAUGUAACAUACAUGUUUUAUAAUUUUUUUUCGUUCUAUUGCUACGUCGUAUAAAUUCAUCAAUUGCAUGUUGACAGUCUCUCCAUGCGCCAGGUGCAGCCAUGUUGAUUGGAUAAAACUUCCAACAAAAAGCUUUAACAAUAUCUUAUUUGUAACGUGGGUUUUUUAACUCCUCUACAAUUUCUUCUUACAAGCUCCUUGUGGUCAAUAAUUUAGCCAACAACAGAUAGCUAAAGUUUUUGAAAGAUGUCGCUUUUUGUCUCACUUCAUUGGUUAUCAGCCAGGAUUCAGUGGGAAUUUCCAUAGUAGGAGCGGUGUCUAGCUUGUACUUUUUCUAUAUAAUCUUUGAUUUAUUUGAAAAUCUUCAUCAUCAAUAUUCGUCCUCUGCAUCAACUUUAGUGGAGACAACUCCUGGACUAAAGGUAACGUUUCAUCAGUGUCAUCGAUAACGUUUGCAGAUAAGGCAUUCCCUUCCAACGCAGCUAUUCUCUUUUCUAGUCUUUUAAUGAUUUGUCACAUAGCAGCACAAUUGUACGUGCAGUGAUUUGUUGGCUUGGGAUAAUUCGGAAAAAGCGUUGUUCUAACGGCAGGUGUUGAUUGCAAAGGUCUGACUGGUGAAGGCAGAGAAAAAGGGAUAGUGUUGAAGUUGGUGGCGAAAAUGAUGGCAGUGGUUUUAUAGGUGAAGCCAAUAACUUUAGAAAUGAAAAUUGUUUUCAACUUUAUUGUUUUGUGUCUUAAGAGUUCUUUGGCAGUGUUUUCCACUUUAUCCUUUGGCGGUUCUUUGACGGUGUUUUUCACUUCACCAUUUUGUGCCCUCUGCAGUUCUCGUAAAACAUCGCUAAAAUCAACUUGGUGAUUUAGUUGUGGGACUUUGUAAAAUUUAUUUCUGUAAUUGCAGGUUGUUUUUUAUUAUCAGCUGCAAUCUAAAAAGAAGUUUAUAUUACAUAAAUUAGAUAAGAAAAAAAUUUCUGUGCUGAUUCUUACGACACGUUUUUUAUAAACUAACAUCCUUCUUGAUGAACUUCUGCUACUUAUGUUUCAGCUGUUGUCUGUUUUUUGUUUUUGAUGUUUUUUAUUUUUUAUUUUUUUAUUUUUCGACCUCUUCAAUAAUUAAUGUUUUCUCGUUGUUCAACCAAUCUCUUUUAAACUGUGUGUAAUUUGACCAUUCAUCCAAAAAGAAAGAAAAAAUCAUCACUACUAACAGUAAAAAUUUGACUUAGCCUCCGUUUUUCUUUAGGUUUACCAAACUAUACAUACUGUUUAGAAAUAAAAUUGUAGCUUUGUGAUUUUGUACAUUCCUUCUGCUACCCCAUCGCACAAAUACAUUGUCGUCCACGCUCAGUAACUUUUCUUCCCUAUUUACAAUAUCUUUAGUUUUGACAGAACCAAUACAUUUAUCUUCAUCGAAGAAGAGGCAUGCAUAUUUGUAUGCUUUAACUCUUGUUUGACUGAAAAAUGAUGAUGCCAUGGUGAACUCAGAUAAAUGAAGACACUUGAAAUAAAUAAGAAAACUUUUUAUAGUUAGUUUUUGGGGUUUUUUUCAUCUCAUUGUACUCGGGAGUGCAAAAGCAAGUCAUUAUGAUAGAAGUUUAAUUACCUGCUUUGUUUUAUACUCUAACUAUACUCGAGAGUGCAAAAACAAAGGUUAUUAAAUGAUGAAUGAAAUUUUAUACUUUUUUUUAAUUCCUACUCUCACAAAACAGAAGUCAUUAAAUAAGGAAUUUGAUUUUCUGCCUUUUUAUUUCUUAUUCUAAGUAUACUUGAGAGUGCAAAAACAAAGGUUAUUAGAUGAUGAAUGAAAUCUCUUACUCUCGAAAAUGUAUAGCUUUACUCACGAUCGGCACUGUAAGCAAAACGAUGUUUUUAGAGAUAACUGCCCAGAAUAGGUGUUUAAGUACGCCAAAUGGGCGUAUCUAAUUUUACCUAAAUUUCUCUCCGGGUCUAGCCUUGUUCAGGCUUUUUCCAGCAUUAUAAAAAAGUACAAUAAGUAACAAAAUACAUAAAAAAAUAUACAGCUAAAAUAUAUAAAAGCAUAUAAACUAUGUAUAAACCAACCUUAAAUCAUUUGUUUAGUUACAAACAAACAGUGAUGGAAAUAAGGUUGAUGAUUUACAAUAAGUAAUAGUAAAAAUAAACAUCAAGAUUUUCAACUACACAAAUGAACUCAAUCAGCAAGUAUGUUCGAAAAAGCCAUUUGUCUCUUAUUCUGUGCAGCAAACUCAUCUAUUACGUCAUCGGAGUUCACAGUGAUUGACGUGCUGAACAUGAUAACUGCUAGGCUGCUCAAUCUUUCCUCCAACAUCGUGUUUCGCAUCUGAGUCUUUAAGCCCAGAGAUACUUCUCUCGCAAGUGCAUGAGGUUACAGGAACUGUAGCCAGAAUUCUCAUAACUUCACGGAUCGAUGGAAAUGUGUGCCUAAUUGUGGUUUUGAGUAAAGAGGUGAUAUCUGUUGGUAGACCACCUUGAAAGUUUUUCCAACAUGUUUACUAAAGACAUCAUCUUAUAUGAAAUAAUUUACAAGUCCUGAUAAGAAGUCACAGUAGAUAUGUCAAAACGUAACUUCAGUUCAGAAUUUAAAUGGUCCAACAUUGGAAUAGUUUUUGUCCUUUUAAAAUAAUCAUAAAUGUUCUAGGUUUUGUAGGAGUAAAACACAUACUGUUUGAGCUAGAGAUACAGCUUUCUCAUACCACUCAUGUAGGGCAUUAACUGCAUUUACAAGGGAUUUUACAAGGUUGGAUGCUUCAAUCUAACCCGUCAAGGUAAGAACGACCUUCCUAGUUAUGUUUUUUAGAAAAAAUGUCAACUUAAAUGAGUUGGUUUAGAUUUUCCGUCACGACGCAACUCAAAUAAAAAAGUUUGAGUAAAGUUGGUAGGACUGGAUUUCCUAAAAUAUUAUUAAUGAUAAUUAUUGGUCCAUAGGGGUUCAAACUUCACACCACAAAAUACAUCUAAACCUUCAGCCUUUCCAACAUUUCUCAACCACUUAGUAUUUUCCGUCACGGCCCAACUAAAAUUUGAAUCCUUAAAAACAACUAGAAUGUGGUUUUUAUUACAUUACUCAAAAUCACAGUUCCACAAGUUUUGGAGAAAGAUGAAAAAAGAAGCUUAAAGGCAUCAACAACCUUAUAAAUAGGAGAAUAAGAAAUUAAUCAAAUUGGAUUGGAACAAUUUUUGAUCUAUUUAGAAAUUGCAAGUUCAGACAGUACUUGGUGAAUAUCAUGGUCUACAAUAAACAUUUUAACGUCUUUACCACGUUUCUUUUGCACUGUUGCAGGAGGUUCUGGACAGUUUCCAACAAUACAGUAUGCAGAUAUCAGUGCGUUGCGUGCAUGGUCAACAUAAUAUAAAGUACCGUUAUUGGUUUCUCUGUGAAUUUCCAGAUAGUGACCUUCUACAACACAGUGUACUGGAGGAAAUAGGAAUUGUAUGUAGUACUGCAUUAAUUGGUAGGUAAAUAGUAAUUUACUGUGAGGAGAUUGAUAGAAAAAUGUUAAAAAUACACUUUUUCACAAACUUUCUUGCAGCGCCUGCUUUGUUUUUUGUUUUUGCAAGCAGCUACCAUUUUCCAAAAUUUUAAGAGCUUAUCAUAAAAUUUUGGGGAUAAUCUUGAUGAUUUUCCUGUAAAUAGACACUGGCCAUUAUCACCAUAAUGCAAUACUUUCGUUCUACUGCAAAUACAACUUACAUUUAAGCAAAUUAUGUUGGAGAAUAAAGCACAAUCUUUAUGUGGCAUUAUUGAGAUUUUUCUGAUGUAAGUUUCAGCCACAAUUUCGUUUUCCUACCACAGCAUGGCUGCUUAAACCCACCUUGGUCGACACAUAUAUAUUGGAAAUAAUCAAUCAAAACAUUAGGCUUGACAAACAUGACACAUGGGAUACAUUGUUUUGCACGUUAUACACGGAUUAUUAAAUGUAACCAAUGUUGGUCAUGCAUUCCAAAUACAAGAACUACAACACAUGACAACCAACCUUGGUUUGAGCUGGUAUACCGUAGCACAAGAUCCAUCAAACGCAGUAGCCAAAAAAGGUAGAAGAAAAAAUGCCUGGAUUCCUUUUUUGUAGGUUGAGCCUAGCUGAAUGAGUACCCUCCUAGCACAAGCUUAAAAACUUCCCCAAUGCUUAUUUGGAUAAUGUGGUAAAUAUAUAUACAAUAAAUAAUCAAAAUACAGAUUGACAGUGUGCUUAACAUAUGCAUAUAUAGGAGAUGUGGGUACUGUGUUUCUUCUGCGCUUUUGUCUAUCCGCUGUGGCUCUGUUUCCUUGACGACAUUUUUCUUUAAUAAUUUUGUACAGUUUCAUUUAUGAUAGUUGUGAAGAGAAAAAAAACGACUUUGAAUUGUUCUUGUAGAUUGAAUGGUCAUUUAAUUGGAUAUUUUUUUGUUGUCUCAUUUAAAAAACUAGCACAAGUUUCUCAUAUUCCACUAAACUUCAAUCUGAACAAAUGAACAACUUAAAAUAGUAUUAUAAUAUGUUCUUUAGUUAAAAAUAAGCACACAAUUCCAUGCUGUAAAUAAUUAGAUUAAAUGCAAAUAAUCGCUUUUACUUCUCAUUUCUCUAACUUGAUCACUUGCUUUUGUUAUGCAUUAUAAAAACUACAUUUUUAAGAAAAGUAACUGACAAGUCUCUAAAAGAAUUGGGAAUUUGUUGAAAUGUACUCUGUUGAAAUGUACUUUGUUUACUGAUGUGUGUCGGAGAAAACACAUUUGUUUUGGGGUUUUUUUUAACUUAAAGUCCUUACUAAACUUUCCAUACUUAACAGCUAUAUGCGGAAGCAUAUAGCUAUGUAUGUUAACCUUCCAGACGGUAAGACAUGUCAGUUUUACAUAAAUAAAAUUUCAAACGUUAAAAGUACAAUACAUCACUGUAAAGAAAGGAUAAAUGUAGGACGAAAAUCUAAUGGCGUAUAGCGGAUAAGCAUGGCAAUUUUAAUAAGGAUGUCUUCCUAGCGUAGAGACCACUGGUUAUGUAAACAAAGAAAUCUGUCUAUAGCUAGCUAGCUAGCUAAGCUUUCAUAUUUAAGGAAAAACCUUUAUUUAUUUAGUAAAAUAUUAGGGACAUUAAUCCCUGUGUUAGUUUAUGUAUUUGUCUAAUACUUAUGUGUUGAAGGAGAGGACGGACACACUACACAAAAACAUAUUUUUCACAUGGAAUGUGGAAAUCUUUGCUUCUUGAUAGUUUUAAAAGUUCUAUUAACCACAUUGCACAUUAACAAUUACCUACCAUAUGCAUGUUUUAUUCGCUUUACAAGACACAAACGCACUAAGAUUAGGAGUUUUAAGUCUUUACACGGUCUUGUCUUGCAUGCUGUCGCUAUCUCGGUACCAUUAUAAUGAAUUUCCCGGGGCUCAGCAAUAUCAGGCACAACAAUCAAAAUCCUUACCAAUGAUGUAAUGAUCUAUUUAAAGCAUGUGUGGUUAUGUGUGAAAGUGAUACAAUAACUGUAUGUUUGGUAGAAGAAAAUUUGAAAAGUAUCCGUCAUUGGAAUUUUGAUGAUGUCAGCAAUAACCUGUCGCUACUUCAAAAAAUGUUUUAGAAAUUUCUUUACCUGUUACUUUUAUUUUAUCGAGCUUGAAAAACAGGUGAAGCAUAAAUUUCGGGUAAAACGAGUCAGUUAAGGGCAUUUUAACUCAUAAAGCAUUGAAAACAAGAUGCAAAUAUUAACUUUUUCGGAUAUAUAACUCACAUUUUAGCAUAUUUGCACAACCCUAGUAAAAAAAUCCGAAGAUGUCUGAAAAAUACCUAGCAUAUAAAAACACACAGUGGUGGCUCGUUUUACCCCACCAUAUUAGGGCAAAACGAGCCAACAGGUAUAACAAACGUUCUUAUAUUGAAAAAUCUUACAAAGCACUUACCUAAGCACUUUAUGGUAAAAAUACCACUGCCACACCCUUGUACAUUAAUACAAUAAAAAAACAGGUAAUUAUUAAAUGCUUGUGUACGUAUAGAUAAAAGCCUCGCAAUUACUGGGCAGUUUUUCUUUUGAAAAAAGGUAAAAAUGUGAUGAUUGAAAAAUGUUUAGUAAAAGCAAAAAAUUUAUAUACUUAUAAAAUUAGUUCCACAAUAGCGCAAUCCUCAUGCAGCCAUAUUCCACAUUUCUCGCACUUAAUCCAAGACUCCACUUCCAAAGCCUGGCUCCAAAAUCCGCACUAAUGUUCUUCAAUUUUUUUGUUUUUUCGGUCUCAAUUUUUUUUGGCUGCUUGCUCUGCUUAAUUUUACCACUUUUAGGUACAGUUUUUCUCUUCCUAGUUCUUUGAAGAUCUAACAGUUUAUUUUUAUAAGGUGUGCCAGUUAUUAUUUCUGAUUCUUCUGAACGCCUUGACUUCGGUUUUUCAAUAAUAUUUGGCACUUUUGGCACAAUUGGGGCUUGCUCAGACAAUGGCGUAGUCGAUAAGCUCCGGUUUCAUCCGUUUGAGCUUAAAAAUCAUCAUAGGUGGGAUGCGCGCUACUGUUGAUAAACCAGCAUCAGACGUUGAUGUGGAUGGUUCUGCAAUUUCAAUGUCACUCAGCAAACGGUAAAGCUAAAAUUGAGGCAGUUGAUGUGCACUCUUCGUGGGUCAAGUUUGGGCAAGGAUCUUCUAAAUAUUAAUUCUCUGGCAAAAUAUCCCUGUUAAAUGGCUAGAUUCCAGUGCGACGAAAACUGGAAACAGCAUUUUCCAUUGUAGCUGCCUUUAAAUAUGCUUUUCUGAACAAUUCCCCAAGAAAAUCAACUGAUAUUCUCCUUGCUGGGUGUUUACACAUGCAAGCUGUACAAGUAUUAUUGUAAGCACUCUUUAAUGGCUUGAAAAAAGUACGAUCUAGUGGCUGAAGUUUAAGUGAGGUACGCGGUGGAAGAGAAAGUAUAACAAUUCUAUUAUCUUUAGCGAAAUCAAUAAGUUCAAAAUUUUUGAUUUGAGAUUGAUGACCAUUGAGAAUUAAUAAAACAGGGAUUGUUUUGGAUGCAUCAGAUUACUUGUCAAAAUGUUGGAUGUAUUGUUUGUAUGAUUUAGUUUUAAUCCAGCCAUUGUCUCAGCAAGCCCCAAUUGUACCAGUUGGAGCAUAGUCGAUAAGCUCCGGUUUCCAUCAUAGGUGGGAUGUAUAAUUACCUCUAGCAUUGUAGCAGCAGAACUCUUUUACCAUUUGUAGACAAUACCUUUUGUGGUUUAUAUUUUCUCACCACUAAACAACGAAGGUGAUUAUUCAAAAAAAAAGAGGACAAAAGUAAUGACAGUAAGCUCACAGCAUAGAAUUACAGCAUGUAUCUUCUUUUAUUUUCAAUAUUGUUUUAACAUCAAAGUUUGGUAAAUUACAGAAACAAGUCAGUAAAAUAAUUAAGUCCUUACAUCUCCUUAGUUGUUUUUCAAAACAUAUGAUCCUAUACAUUAUUUUAAUUAGCAUUUUAAGCUCAAAGACCCUGAAAAUACAAAAAAAUAUUUUCAGAAAUUUUCAAACAUGUUACCCUAUAGAUCUUCAAACGUGUUCAACCCGUUCCAACACAGAUUCGAGGACCCAGGUUUUGAAAACUUUUCCAAUUUGGUCUAGGGUUAUCUCUAUUUACAACGUGGGGGGAAAUGACUGACGUCACAACCUUAUUUCUAAGUUAUUUGGCCUCCAAGUUAUAACUGCAUUGUAAUGGUUUUAUAUGCAAAGCCACUGCAUUCUUUUGUCCUCUGUGUUUUUUUGUUUGUUUUUUUGGCGCAUUUGAAUUUAAAGUACCCAACAAAUUUACUUAGGCAGUGCUUUCUGAUGCACUAAACUCCUAACAAGAAGUUGAUCCUAAAUAACAAUAGCUUACACACCAUUAUCUUUGUGCUCUUUCUUUGGAAAGAUCGAACUUUCUUGGAAAGUGUCAAUACAACAGCUUUCAGUUAUAUCUUCAUAUUCUUUUAGAGUUUUGUACAGAUUUUGCAUCUUUUGACCCUUCAAGAAUCUGGUUGUGUACCAAAUUAUAGUAAUCUGUCUAUCGUUAAUUUUUAGCAGAAUUAAAACAAAAACAAUAACAUUUAACAGUACAAACCAUGUAUGUCAGUUUCUCUGUUAUCAAUGUGUUUAGUUAUCAAUGUAUUUUAUUUUGAUUUUUGGAUUCCUCACUUUUGUGUGUUUGCUAUCAACAUCGUUUAUUCCAUAUGUGGACACUAGGUGGACCCAACUUCUUUGGUAAAAAAAAUACCUUUAUUAGAAUCAUUUUUGCAAGCUUUAGAUUUAUUUGUCUUUAAUUACAACAGUAUGAAAAGUGACCUGUCAUCCUUCCAUGUUGGCUACAUUAUAAUAUCUGCCAAAUAAAUCUUGGUUGGUUCACAUAAGUAAUAAGUUACUGGCCAAUGUUGCAGCACUAUAGAAAUCAUAACAUUUUCAUAGAUUGUAGGGUUUUCAUAUUGGUUUUUGAAUAAAUCAAUGUGCUAAUUUUCACAUCAUUUUUAUAUUAUAUAAUAAUAUACAGAAUAUUUACAAGUAGAGUUUACUGACAAUGUCUAAAAUUGUCCAUUUUUUGUUAUUAUAUUUUUUAGGAGUGUUAUGAAUUCAUAUUAACUUUAUAGUGAGGAUAGACUACUAUUGCACUGAUUUGUAUGUAUUUGGUGGAGUGAUGUUUUAAUGAAUACAAUUUAUUGUAGUUUGUUGCUACUACA